GGAGCUCGGCGGAGGUUGGGCCAGGUGACUGGUCCAGGCCAUGCCGAGAAAGAAGCCCUUCAGCGUGAAGCAAAAGAAGAAGCAGUUGCAGGACAAGCGGGAGCGGAAGCGAGGGCUCCAAGAUGGGCUGCGAUCCAGUUCCAACAGCCGCAGCGGGAGCCGGGAGCGGCGGGAGGAGCAAACCGACACCUCAGACGGGGAGUCUGUGACCCAUCAUAUCCGCAGGCUCAACCAGCAGCCUUCCCAGGGGCUGGGUCCUCGAGGCUAUGACCCAAAUCGAUACCGGCUGCAUUUUGAGCGAGACAGCCGGGAGGAGGUGGAAAGGAGAAAGAAAGCAGCCCGGGAGCAAGUGCUACAGCCGGUCAGUGCUGAGCUGCUGGAGCUGGACAUCCGAGAGGUCUAUCAGCCUGGCUCAGUCCUGGACUUUCCCCGACGUCCUCCUUGGAGCUAUGAGAUGUCCAAGGAGCAGCUAAUGAGCCAGGAGGAACGUAGCUUCCAGGAGUAUCUUGCAAAGAUUCAUGGGGCUUACACCUCUGAGAAACUCAGCUACUUUGAGCAUAAUCUGGAGACAUGGAGGCAGCUGUGGCGCGUGUUGGAGAUGUCUGACAUUGUCCUGCUUAUCACUGAUAUCCGACAUCCAGUUGUGAAUUUCCCACCAGCACUUUAUGAGUACGUGACUGGAGAACUUGGGUUGGCCUUGGUCUUGGUCCUGAACAAGGUGGAUCUAGCCCCACCGGCUCUCGUCGUUGCUUGGAAGCAUUAUUUUCACCAGCACUAUCCCCAGCUCCACAUAGUCCUUUUUACCUCUUUCCCUCGGGACCCACGGAUCCCACAGGACCCUAGUAGCGUUUUGAAGAAGAGUCGGAGACGGGGGAGAGGAUGGACUCGGGCACUGGGGCCGGAGCAGUUACUGAGAGCCUGUGAAGCCAUCACUGCGGGGAAAGUGGACUUAAACAGCUGGCGGGAGAAGAUUGCCCGAGAUGUGGCUGGGGCCACCUGGGGAAAUGGCUCUGGGGAGGAGGAGGAAGAAGAGGAUGGACCUGCAGUCCUUGUGGAGCAGCAGACUGACUCAGCAAUGGAGCCAACCGGCCCAACCCGGGAGCGCUACAAAGACGGAGUGGUGACCAUUGGCUGUGUGGGUUUCCCAAAUGUGGGAAAGUCCUCGCUGAUCAACGGGCUGGUGGGGCGGAAGGUCGUGAGUGUCUCCAGAACCCCCGGCCAUACCCGAUACUUUCAGACCUACUUUCUCACUCCCUCUGUGAAGCUCUGUGACUGCCCUGGCCUCAUAUUCCCCUCCCUUCUGCCCAGGCAGUUGCAGGUUUUGGCGGGGAUCUACCCCAUUGCCCAAAUCCAGGAGCCAUACACCGCAGUGGGCUAUCUGGCCUCUCGAAUCCCUGUGCAGGUCCUGCUUCACUUGCGCCACCCAGAGGCCAAGGAUCCCUCAGCAGAACAUCCCUGGUGUGCCUGGGACAUCUGUGAAGCCUGGGCAGAGAAACGUGGUUAUAAGACAGCCAAGGCAGCCCGGAAUGAUGUGUACAGAGCAGCCAAUAGCCUCCUGCGGCUGGCACUGGAUGGCCGCCUCAGCCUGUGUUUUCAUCCGCCAGGCUACAGUGAACAGAAAGGCACCUGGGAGUCCCAUCCGGAGACCACAGAGCUGGUGGUUUUGCAGGGCAGGGUGGGGCCAGCAGGUGACGAGGAGGAGGAGGAAGAAGAAGAGCUGAGCAGCUCCUGUGAGGAGGAGGGAGAGGAGGACCGGGAUGCGGAUGAGGAGGGGGAAGGGGAUGAGGACACCCCGACUUCAGCUCCAGGGUCCAGCCUGGCUGCCCGAAACCCUUAUGCCCUACUGGGCGAGGACGAGUGCUGAGUCCUUGCCUUGUGCCAUCUGCUCCACCCAGUAUCUCUGCUUUUGGACUGACCUGAGGGUACCUCCCCUCUGCCAUCCCAAUUGUGAAUAAAGAUUGUCUGCUUUGUA